CACUCAGCCAUUGCUAAAUACACAAACCUCUAUAACAAAAAGUCUCUGUCUGAUUCUCUCCAUUGUAGCAUUCAUCUUCUCAUCUGCCAUAAUCACAGGCCACUUUAUCAAGACCAGCAAAUUUGCUAAUGCCCCUCUUGGGCAUAUCUGUGGCAAGGCCCAAGAUCAGUCUCGAUGCCGAGCCACAGUUUCAGAAAUCGUCCCCUGUGGUGUGGCCUUGUUCAUGAGCGACAACAAGUUGCUCCUAGUGUUUGUGAAAAAGACAGCGAUCUGCAUGAAAAUAGCUAUAGAUGCCACCAAGCAUGUAAGCCGCUGGGUGAACGAGAGAAAGAAGCGGCCAUGGCUGAUUGCUUGGAGUUUACGGAAAUGUCCGUGGAUAGAUUGGCAGACUCGAUAAGGAGUCUUGAAGAGCAUAAGUCAUCUGCAGAUGUCCAUACACCGCUGAGCAAUUCACUCACAAACUCCGACCUCGAGUUCAAGGAGUCCCAGUCCAGUUUUGCGCUGUUCGGCGUCAACUCGCUCCCCUCGUCGAGCCGGAGGUGAAGAGUCUCAAGGACUCGGACCAGAAGGACCAGGGGGACUUCUUGCGGAUGCCUGAGUGCAUGGCAGAAUUCAUCUAGUCACGGAGGCUCUGGGUUGGCCCGAUCACCUGCCCGCCCCUA